AUGGCUGCUGCAUCCUCCAUGGCUCUCUCUUCCCCCUCCCUGGCUGGCAAGGCCGUCAAGCUUGCCCCAUCAGCCCCCGAAGUCGGGAGGGUCAGCAUGAGGAAGACAGUCACCAAGCAGACCUCCUCUGGAAGCCCAUGGUACGGCCCAGACCGUGUCAAGUACUUGGGCCCAUUCUCCGGCGAGCCCCCGUCCUACCUCACUGGCGAGUUCCCAGGUGACUACGGCUGGGACACUGCUGGACUUUCCGCUGACCCAGAAACCUUCGCCAGGAACCGUGAGCUGGAAGUCAUCCACUCCAGGUGGGCCAUGCUCGGAGCCUUGGGCUGCGUCUUCCCCGAACUCUUGUCCCGCAACGGCGUCAAAUUCGGCGAGGCCGUGUGGUUCAAAGCUGGGUCACAGAUCUUCAGCGAGGGUGGGCUCGACUACUUGGGCAACCCAAGCCUGAUCCACGCUCAGAGCAUCCUCGCCAUCUGGGCCACCCAAGUUAUCCUCAUGGGCGCCGUCGAGGGUUACCGUAUUGCCGGCGGGCCUCUCGGUGAGGUCACUGACCCCAUUUACCCUGGUGGCAGCUUCGACCCAUUGGGCCUCGCUGACGACCCAGAGGCAUUCGCUGAGCUUAAGGUAAAGGAACUCAAGAACGGUAGGUUGGCCAUGUUCUCCAUGUUCGGGUUCUUCGUCCAGGCCAUUGUCACCGGAAAGGGCCCCUUGGAGAACCUCGCUGACCACCUUGCUGACCCAGUCAACAACAACGCCUGGGCCUACGCCACCAACUUCGUCCCCGGAAAGUGA